AUGGCGGCGGAAUUAUUAUUUCAAAUUGUGUCGUUCCUAGCUCUGUCGGGGUUUCUUGAUGCCCUGAUUGAGAGUUGGUUGGUCAUCAGGGACACGAUCGAGAUGUUCAAGAACUUCUUUCUUGCCGGCCAAUUUAUAGGAUUAGCAGGAUCAUCCGGUCCCUCGAAAUCGACCACCCAUUGGCUUCUCUGUCUUAUUGGGUGUUUUGAUGGCAGCAGAACCGCGCUCAACAUCGGUGUCGAGCGGAGUCGACGCGGUCGAGUGGACGACCUCAGCCUCUGUCUCGGUCAUUUUUGUUUUAGCGCUUGGAUAAAAUCUCUGAGAUGCCAGGCGAUGAGCUUCGAAAGUGUGUUCUCUGACCGCCUAUCUCAGGGCUUCCAAAUGGCCGGUGCUGUCCAUCUGAUUAGAUCUGAUAAGGCAGGUACUGAGAUUUCGACGGCUUUCAUUCCGUACGACGACGUUGCAAAGGGAGCACCCGCGGGAACCUUCACCAGCAUCCAGGACAGGUCCGUUAUGGUCGCGGAGAACCAAGUACUUCCAGCAUCUGGAGACAAUAUCGAUUAUGCAUACCUCGCCAUCGCGAUAGUUUCAUCUCAGCCAUUGCCUGUGCAGUUAGCUUCCACGGAACACAAUGAGGCCUGUCACGUGCCACGGGAUAUCCAGCAGACCAUCAAGGAGGGCCAGAAAAUUGCCGUCACCGGCGGCGGAGCUGUGGGUUUCGAGCUUGCCAGUGACAUCAAGGACUUUUAUCCGGACAAGGAGGUCAUCCAGAUUCAUUCUCGUGGUCAACUCAUGAGCCAUUUGGCAAGCCACUUGGGGACUACAGCUUGA